GAAUUUUCACAACUUCCUUUCCUGCUCCCUCCUUCUUCAUGCAUUAUAACAUUACUUAAUUACUAUUCAUACAUACCUGAUUCUAACUUCUAACAUUGGGUAAUGCAGUGCAGACACGGACAGCAACAGCAGGCAGCCAGAAACUGGAUUUUCGUAUAAUUAUAUAGAUGGAAAUCUCGAUCACAAUGGAUUUCACGUCUUCAGGGCCUCCAAAUGCUUCUUGCACAUCAUAUGCUGGAAAAACAAAAGAAAAAAAUGACAAGUCAGCUGCAUCCAACUUCUCUGUACCCGAACAACAGGAUUACAUAGCUCUGAAGGUGAGCAUUGGGAAAUGCUUUCAAAGUGGUUUUGGGAGCAGCUUGCAAGUCGCCAAUUUCAUCCGCUACACAUCCUUGUGUGCUAAUGAUGGUAAUGACGGCUUGAACAACUUCGAUCUCCUGGUGGAGGUCUUUGAUAAUAUGAGGGGUUCAAGAAAGUUCAGCCACUGGCUGAAUAAAAUCUUGCCUGCAAUGCAAGACCUCGUGAAGCAUUCUGGUACCGUAUUAGACAAGUUUUGCUCGUCGAGUGAAAGGUCUGUUGCCAUCUUGUCCAGACUGGAGAUCUUAAGCCUGCUCUCCAGCUCCUUCUUUUGCUGUUUUCCUAAAAGUGGAUAUGAUAAGGGGCAAUUGCUCAACUUUUCUCAUCUUUACCAGAAGGAAUACGGCUCCUAUCAGAGCAACGUACAUCGUGUGAAAAUGGAGAAAAUCAAAUGCUUGCUGCUCUACUUUGAAUAUGCCGCCUCUCACAUCAAUGAAGAAAUCAUGCUUGAGAAGGUAACCUUCCAAAGGAAUGUUGUGCGUAGAUCUCCGGACUGGGCUAAUUCCACCAAGAAAAGUUGCAACUUGAUAAUAAUUGAUGAGCAUAAGGCACCUGAUGACACCAGGACAAGAGUUGAUUUUGCUCAUUCAAACAUUGGAGGUGGUGUGCUGUCAAAUGGCAGUCUGCAAGAGGAAAUCCUAUUUAUCACCUGCCCUGAGUUGAUUGCAAGCCGUUUCUUCUCAUCUAAAAUGAAGGAAAACGAAGCAAUCAUCAUCGAUGGGGUCUACCAGUACUCUCAAUACAAAGGUUACGCUGAUAACUUCACUUGCGCUGGUGCUAGUCAUGCUGGAAUGAUGAGCAAUACUUUGGAAGUGGCCGCGAUGGAUGCCAUAAACUUCAGCAACAAUGAACUUAUGCAGUACAGCAGGGCAUCAGUGGACCGAGAACUGACAAAGGCGUAUGCUGCCUUCAGUGCUGUCAGUGGAAAGAAGAUCGCCUCUGGAAACUGGGGAGGAGGUUGUUUCAAGGGAGAUCCAGUUCUGAAAGCCAAAAUUCAAAAGAUCGCAGCCUCGGAAGCUGGCAAAGAAGUCCAGUAUGUCACAUUCCAAACGCCAGGCUUGGCUCAAAAAAUCAAAUUUCGAGUUAACCAUGAAAGCCACAGUUAUACUGUAGGCAAGGAAUAUGAGGAGCUUAUGAUGUGGUGCUCCGUGAAAUGUUUCAGGAAAACUUCAAAGAGUUCUUACUCCACCACCACCACCACCCACUUCAAGUUAGCUAAUUGAAAUUUCUGCUGUGUUUGGUUGGAUUUUCUUUUGACCCAUGGAAAGGUAUAGCUCAAAUCUGAGUUAAAAUUACGAGAUUGAUGUACAUGAUUUAUUUGUAAUAAAAGGAGGAGCAAUAAUUAUAAUUA